CUCUUCUGUUGUUUCUCUCCUUUGGUUUCUCUUGACCUGCUUCCUGUCAGCGCAGCAGUUGGCUCAAGUGUCCCUCUUAAUGAUUCAGGAGUUACGGUUUCUUCACUGGGUUUGAGACAGCAAAGGAUUUUUGAGGAAAGAGCUAAUGGAUGUGUUUUAAAAAAUGUUUUAUAGGUAGACUUGUGAUGAAACAGUAAGUCUGUUACUCUGAUUUUAUCCAGAAUGUGAAAAUCAAUUUUUUAUAACCUCACAAACUCAAAGCAGACAAACUUCCCCCCUCGAGGAGCACGGAGCCCAGGUUGGGAACCACUGCUCUAGAUGGACGAUCAAAUGGUGACAAAACCUUACAGGCUGCUCCACAGUGACCUUUUUCAUCCCAGUAGAGAUGUGGCAACUCUAGAGUGCCCGUGUGCUUGAAAAACACUGUCAUACUCUGCGUCUGGUCCAGGUGCUCCUCUGUAAUACAUUGGACAAUGUAAUUCAUUUGUAGACAUUACAUCUUCAUAGUCGAUUGAUGAUGUUCAUUUUGUCAUUUACUUAUAUAUAAUUACCAAUUGUUUUAAUCCGACAAAUUCAGUAAGGGUGAUCGUUUUACGUUGCUGACAUGUUCUGACUACAUCUACAGUCUUUCUCAGAGCGUCAUCUAACGUAUGAUGACGUGUCCUCCUCACCUGAUAAAAACGACCUGCCUUCCCACAUGUACAGUCAAACCUCUGCAGAUGAUCCAGAACGAACGCAGCAGCACGCUUGAUUUCAACCAGACAAAAGCAGCACGUCACCACGCUGUUCAGGUCGCUUCACUAGCUAAUUCAAAGCUAGUUCAAAUUCAAAGCUCUGACAUUCAAAACGACAACAAAAGCAGCUCAUUCAGGUCGACACUUCCUCCCGUUUACUACGCUCAGCCAACAAACAGCAGUUGAUACAACCACCACAACAGGGCCGGUCGAUAGUCGGACUCUUCCUCUCUGUGGUUCUGUUGAGUGUGUUUGUUUUUUGAGACAGAAGACAAUCAACUUCUCUCAGUUAGAGUUGUUUAUUCUGCAAUGCCAACUAGCUUGAUAUCAAAGACCGUUACUAUUGAGAGGCGUCUUCCCAGUAAUGGAUGACGUUCACAAAAACUGUUGGAGAGGAACCGCGUUUAGCUCAGCCUUCUCGUUGGUGCACAGGCAUGUCCUUCACUUCUUGGCAGACGAUCCCUCCAAUCAGAAGAUUUUGGAUACUCUAAGUUAGAUCCUACCCAUGGUGAUUCAUAUGCACCUUUCUUUACUGUUCCCUUGUCCAGUAACUGCUGACUUCUGAGUCAUAUAUUACCACAGCUUCUGGUUGAUGCACUGACUCCAGUCAUCAGUAUUUUAUCAUUGCUUAAACACAGCAGCUUUUGUUCUGACAAGAAGCCUUCAGGGCAUGACGUAGCAGUCAGCAACAACGGACAACAGUGCAGCUGCAACACAGGAUUUCCCUGUCCGUGGAUUAAUUAUUUGCGGUGGUUUUGUGUAUUGCUCUGUAUGCUGUUUUACCUGGCACUCUUUCACCUGUGGGUUUCAUUUUUGGAAAUUCUUGUUCGGUUUUUCUUUAAUUACAAUGGAAGCUGCACCUGAAUCACAUAGAAAUGUCAAUCGUCUGCCAUUAAUGCGAAGUUGUGCUUCUGACUUUUUCGUGGACAACGGUUUUGUAAUGCAAAUAUAUCACUCUUUCAAACACAUAUUGGUUUGAGAAGAAAAUGCUUUAUUUUCGUGAUCCCAGCAAACUUGCCGGACUACCUUCGUCUGGAUCAAAACCGGACAGGAUCUCUGCUCACUGGACGCUUUCGGCAGGAAGUCUGUGUGAAUGCACAACACUGCUGACGGGGAUGCCAUACAGAUUCAUGUCAAAAAUCCCGAACUAUCCCUUUAAGCUCGAUCAACCGACUGCUUCCUCAUCAGUUCGACUCAGAGUCUCAGCAGGAUGAUAGGCAGGAUCUGAACCAGAACAAGGACCAAGACCUGAACCACUAUCUGGGUCUGAGCCACGACCAGGACCUAAACCAGGAACAGGAACUAAACUCACCACAACUAGGACGAGGAGCGUGCCAUUUCUCAGAACCAGAGAUGACCCUGAUAAACGGAAAAGCUGUGACUGCGGUGCUGCUCAUAGCUGUGCUUCUGGUGGUUCUGUACUGUUACGUCUCCCAGUCCUACAGAGUUGUUCUGUCCUUCGAGGAGAAGAGCAAAGCUACAGUGGACGACAGAUCUGAUCCUGAAGCAUUUCUGACUCGUCACGAGCUUCAUCUGGUGUCUCCGGACCAUUUGCGGUACAAACAGCCGAGCAUCGUGCAUGGUCGCACUGACGUGGUGACGGUGACGCCUUGGCUUGCUCCUGUUGUCUGGGAGGGAACCUUUGACCCAGGUUUACUCGACAGCAUCUACAGACCAAAGAACAUCACUGUUGCUGCCACCGUGUUUGCCGUCGGAAAGUACAUCAAGUUCCUGAAAGAAUUCCUGGAAACAGCAGAGAAGCACUUCUUCGUUGGUUUCAGAGUGCAUGUAUACGUGUUCACCGAUCGGCCAAAUGAGGAGAUGCCCCAAGUCAAGAUGGCUGCCGACCGACAGCUUACAGUGAUGCCGGUGCCCAGCUCCAACCGCUGGCAGGAGAUCUCUGCUCGCAGGAUGGAGCUCAUCCAGAUGCUGAUCGAGAAGAAGCUUCGCGAUCACACUGACUACAUCUUCUGUCUAGAUGUCGACUCCAAGUUCCACGGUCGCUGGGGAACCGAGUCACUGGGCGGAUUAGUGGCUGUGAUCCAUCCAGGUUACUAUCGAGAUGAGCGCAGCAAAUUCCCCUAUGAGCGAAGACCCGCCUCCAGAGCCUACGUGGCUCAUGGGGAGGGCGACUUCUACUACUGUGGCGGGGCGUUCGGAGGCCUCUUGGAGGAAGUACAUCUGCUCGCCAAAACCUGCCGCCAGAACUUUGAGGCCGAUGCCAGAGACAGCAUCGAGGCGGCGUGGCAGGAGGAGAGUCACCUGAACAGGUACAUGUGGAUCAGCAAGCCCAGUAAGGUUCUGUCACCUGAAUACCUAUGGCAGGAUUUCAAGCCCAAAAACCCAGAAAUCCAAAUCAUCAGGUUCUCCGGAGUCGUCAAGAACUAUGCUGAGAUCCGACCGAACUGAACCAGACUCACCUGGACCGGAUUUACUGGCAUCAGCCUCACCUGAACUGAACUUACCUGCACCAGACUUACCUGGACCAACCUGAACUUGGUUACCUGGUUCAUACAUCUCUGUAACACCUGAACCUUACCCACAAUACACCUCAGGAAGCCCCAUCGGUUGCACACUUAGGGCCUGUAGCUAACACUGCAUCAUCUCUACUGAGCAUGUGCAGCACUCAGACUCUGGAUUCACUUUAGAUGCCUUUCAGUUGACUGAUGCAACGCGAUGACGUUUAAUCUCAAACCAAAGAAUCAAAACUCAGGUGUCCCACACUUGGUGCAGUGCCUGAAUGUACCCUGCUGCAGGUGAAGGUGAUUGCGUUAGCAUGCUAACAACAACAAGCCACAUAAUCAAAGUGGACUUGUGCUAAAAUGACCAAUACUAACCAUCAUUAGCUUUUGUGUGGUAGAACAGCUACAAGGUGAUGUUUGCACUGUAUUAAAAAAAACAAAGCAACUUCAGAAAGGUGAAUCAGAUACUAUAACUUUACUUUAGCUUGUUUGGCUCUAAGUUUCGCCUGUGUGUCCUCAGACAUGUCUUUAGCUUUCACUACGUUUAGCUUGUUUAGCUAAAUCCAACCUGUUUAGCUUAGUUUAGCCUUUGUGUGCUCCACAGAUUUUUCUAUAGAUUUAGCUAUGUUUAGCCUGUGUUUAUCACAGGUUUUUCUGUAGUUUUAACCCUGUGAAGGCUGUUUAGCUAAACUGUAAAGCUAAAUUGAACUAUUUCAGCUUUGAACCAACACGUGAAUUAACAAAAACGCACCAUUUAGUUUGUCCAUCCAAGCAUUAACUACUGUUAGCAUUUAUUAUAUCCAGUUUUAACACUCCUGUUGAAGCUAUCAAGUCCAGGAGAAAGUUACGGUCUUAAAAUAUAGUAACUUGUAGAAUAAUCAGUUAAUUUGACAUUUAGAAUGUGUGUUUUUGACAGAAACAAUCGUUGGUUUUCAUUCUGCACUUUUAAGAUUCUGUUUAUGUGGAAGAUUUAUCCAAGUUUAGCCUGUUACACUAAGUUUCAGCUGUAUGUGCAGAUUUUCUGUUGCUUUCGCUAAGGUUAGCGUAAUGCUAAGUUUAGCAUGUGAAUAUCACACACUGUAUUGUAGCUUUAGCUAAGUUUGUGUGUUUUUUAAGCUUAGCAUGUUUAGCUGAGUUUGCAAAUGGCCCACACUAAUAUAGCACUUUAAAUCUGAGCAACCUUAUCAUAGUGGACAAUCCGCUAACACCUGGGCCAUGACCACCAGUUUAGCAUGUCAAGCUAAGUUUUGCCUGUGUGCAGAACAGGAAGCAGCUCCAACGUCUGAUUCACACCUCAGGCGUAUGUUAGAUGGUUUCGUUGCACUACCUUCAGGUCUCUAAAGGAACGUUUUCCUCUCAGUCUGCUGUUUCAGUUCUGCCCUGUGACCAGCCUUUGUCUGUCCAGGUGAGGUUUGGAUUGUUCCAUGUGGUUGUGCUGCUGCUGUUUGUGCUCAGGUGAGUCUCGCCUGUACAACAGUUUGAACCUGCUCAGGUGUGACAUUCACUGUUUGUGUUGCGUCUUCCUGUCAGCUGAUGAGGAACCAUUUAAUCUGCUGCUCUCAUGUGGUUGUUGCUGAGGUCAAGGCUGUCACCAAAGAAUAAAAAUAUUGUCCAAAUGUAUGGACAAAUCUGAGCAAGAGUUUUAUGUUUAAUAAAAAAAUGCUGAUGCUUAAUGA